AGCAUUCAUCUACUAUGGAUAUAUUGACAUACGUGCCCCAGGACAAGAAGCUCGUGUUCCAAGACGACGGCCCUGUCGACCCCAAGUUAAAGCUCGACGUCGACCAGCUCAACACCUUGAUCGCCGAGAUCAUUGCCAACGGCUCCGAUGUGCCUCCCAUUGCCACACCCCAAAACUUCAAUACCGAUUUAAGCAAGGUCGUCAAGCGCCUCUACGAGGGUGGCGUCAACGCAUUUAAGAAGGAGAAAUACGAUGACUCCGUCAAGCAGUUUUCCAUUGGAAUUGAGAUGAUCUGUAGAAGACAUAAGUUCGAAGCCUUCCAGAUAUGUCUACAGGAACUCAGUAUGUUCUUGAUGUCGCGCUCGGACGCCAACCUCAAGACCAAGGACUACGUGGCUGCUUUCAACGACGUGGAUAUGUUGAUCUCCAUGCAAAUGGUGACUCCAGACAACUUUUUGCGGAGAGGCGUGGCCAACUUCUUUUUGGGAAAUUACGAAGAUGCUAGAGCCGAUUAUCAAAGAGGAUUGGCUCUCUCCCCAGGUAACCAGAGGCUUCAGGCCGAGUUGGAGAUCUGUUUGGACAAGAUUCUUGAAGAGAACGGAGACUAUCUCUAGAUGUACACAAAUAUAUCGCAUUAAAAAUAAAUAACGCCGCGAACUAC